AAACACCAUUACAUGGACUGACAAUGGCUGCUCUUUGGAGGUGUGGCAAGGUCACGGUCAAAGAAUGAGAGAGUUUGGCCGAGAAAUAUCGCUGGAGAUCUCAGGCCAAACGUUAUAAAGAAGGAGAAGACAAAUAUUCUCUGAAAAUGAAUUAUGCAAGAUUCUUGAAUGCCACCAGCCUGGCAAGAAAGCCAUCUCCAAUUAGAGUUCUUACCAGCAUUGUGCUUCAGUCUCCCCCCUCCCUCAUCUCCAUGGCCGGCGGUAUGCCCAACGCUGAACUGUUUCCUAUAAAGGAGGCUUCAAUAACUCUCAGUGAUGGGUCAAAAAUCAACUUAAACAAUGCCCUGCUGAAGAAAGGCUUACAGUACUCAGCCACACCAGGCCUACCUGAGAUGCUGAAAUGGCUGAAGGGCAUACAGCAGAAGGUUCACAACCCACCGACACUUGGCAUCGCUGACGACAACAAACAGCUGGACUUCCUCGUCACGAGUGGGAGCCAGGAUGGACUGUGUAAGGUGUUCGAGGCAUUUGUGAGUCCCGGGGACAACGUCCUGAUGGAGAAACCUGCGUACCCUGGCACCCUGGCUAUAGUCCGACCACUGAGAGCAAACAUCUUAGGUGUCGAGUCAGACAAAGAUGGCAUUCUUCCGGAGAGUCUUCGAAACUGUCUGUCUAAAUGGUCUCCAUCGGAUGCCCAGGACCCAGCCAGUGACAUCCCGAAAGUAUUAUACUGUAUUCCCAACGGAGGCAACCCAACAGGUAGUGGGCUGACGCUGGACAGGAAGCGGGAGAUCUACAGCAUCGCCCAGGAAUAUGAUCUCGUCAUCAUGGAGGAUGAUCCAUACUUUUAUCUUCAGUUUGCCAAGCCUUACAUCCCAAGUUUCCUGUCCAUGGAUGUUGAUGGUCGGGUAAUGAGAUUUGACUCCCUCUCCAAACUUCUGUCUUCAGGUGUCCGAGUGGGCUUCUUGAGCGGGCCUAAGAUGCUUGUCAACAGAAUAGCUCUACACAUGCAGGUGUCAGUGGUCCAUGUUAGUGGCAUGUCACAGGCUCUCCUGGUACCGAUUUUGGAAACUAUGGGCUAUGAUGGUUUCUUGAAGCAUGCCCAAAAUGUGGCCGACUUUUAUGAGAAGAAGAGGGACAUGUGUCUCACUGCUGCUGAAAAACAUCUCAAAGGUCUAGCUGAGUGGUCUGUUCCGUCCGGUGGGAUGUUUCUGUGGCUCAAGUUGCCAGGUAUCCGUGACACGUUCAAGAUGAUCACAGAGAAGGCGAGGGAGAAGGAAGUUCUGUUUGUGCCUGGGAACGCCUUCAUGCCGGACGACACGGCACCAUGUCAGUAUGUACGUGCGUCAUACUCAUUGGUGUCACCAGAUGAUAUGGACAAGGCUUUCGAGAGACUGGCAGCCUUGAUUCGGGAAGAGCAGUCCUAACUCACCGUGAUCUCACAGAAUCGUGGAAAAGUCAAGUAUUAUUAUUCAGAGCUUGUCAUUUGGUUCUUGACAUAUACUUGUUUACAUGGAUACAAGGUAACUGGUAUCAAUCACCUACAUCGGGAACAUGAAAGAAAAUUGCCUAUUUUUCCACAACAAACUUGAUCAGUAUGGUGUUGAAAAUUGUGAACGUUCAUUUUAAUCAUAAAAUGGAUUUUGUUGUUGAAUUUUUUGAAGAUAUAUGGUACUUAGUUCUUUAAUUUGGUGUUUGAUUUCUGUAAAACUUUUGUAACAUGAAGCAAUUAUCAAGCAAAAUAGUGAGUGAGUGAGUGAGUAUGGUUUUACGCCGCUUUUAGCAAUAUUCCAGCAAUAUCACGGCGGGGGACACCAGAAAUGGGCUUCACACAUUGUACCCAUGUCGGGAAUCGAACCCGGGUCUUCAGCGUGACGAGUGAACACUUUAACCACUAGGCUACCCGACCGCCCCUCAAAAUGGCAGUUAAUAGUGCUCUCUACUUUAUUCGUCCUCUUCAGAGUUAAUAUUUUACCAGACUGUUUUAUGGACUGUCAAAAAUAUAUCUCUUAAUUCACUUUCCUUUUUCAAAAUAUUGUUUUCAGUACCAGUGUCAAAACCAUUAUAUAAUUGUGAUUUAGUUUGGAUUACAAUUUACACAAUGCAAACAAAACAGAACAGGGUACACAACUGUCCAAUCUAUAAGAUUGUUAGAAAGAUGAUUUUCUACCUCUUUUUAUAUGCUGCGAUCUUUAGACGUACAUAUUUUUUAUUAGAAACAUCAUUGAGUGUAAAUGUGAUAAUUAAUUUAGUACACCUAUACACAUAAUACAGGUAGACUUUGAAAGUUGAGUCAUUCUAAACAUUGACAUGAGUGAAAGGGACUUCAACUUGUAUCCAGUCAUACCAAAAUCAGUACUGCCCCAUUUGCAUGUCAAACUGUUGUGCCUUCACAAAUUCAUCAGAUCCCCAUUCUAGUCACAGCAGAUUUUUGUAAUGGCCAUGCCACACUGACAGCAGCGAUGUUAGCAAGAGUGUUACAAAGGUGUCACUUGCUGGAAAAGAGCUUACACAUAUAUUGGGAAAAGGGGACCACUCUGCUACAUGUAUUGGGAAAGGGGGAACGACUCUGCUACAUGGAUUGGGCAAGGGGAACAACUCUGCUACAUGGAUUGGGCAAGGGGGAACGACUCUGCUACAUGAAUUGGGCAAGGGGGAACGACUCUGCUACAUGGAUUGGGCAAGGGGGAACGCCUCUGCUGCAUGGAUUGGGCGAGGGGGAACGACUCUGCUACAUGGAUUAGGCAAGGGGGAACGACUCUGCCACAUGGAUUGAGAAAGGGGGCUUCUCUCCUACAUAUAUUGGGAGGGAAAGGGGCAUGUAUACUGCUGCCCAGGAGGUCUAGCAGGGAUAAAGGGCAUUGGUCAGUAAGAAGCUGCUCCAAAACAUUGGAGGUGAAUUUGUUUGUUUUGGUUUUCAAGGUUUACAAAGUUCCUGAAAACGUCAGUGAACUUACAUUUUUGUGAUCACACACUGUAGUGUGUAGCUAUUUUUUUCAUAUACAUACUGUUUACUCAGAUUGUGAUAAGCUGUGCUUUGUAUACUUCAUUUGUUAAUGUGACUCAAAUAUUCAGAUCUGCAAUAAAUGAGUACAAUUUU